UGGAUUGCUUACCGGAUCCGCAGAAGUUUCCCCGGUGGAUGACUCUAAAGAAAAUGAGGACGUUGCUUCCGAGUCUCUGAGACCAGUGCAGACGAGCAUUUUAGGGAAAGUAGCUAUGGUUUAUCUGACGCCCUUUUCACUCAGUAAUAGCCAGUUGGAGCAAUUCAAGUGCUCCGCAUCUCAACUAGGAGAGAAAUGUAAUAGCGCAGUGCUGUGUGAGAAGAAGAAACUGAAGGAAACCCCAAAGAUGAAGACCACAUGUUCCAAGGCUGAGUCCACGCAGAAGAGGUCUUCCUCAAGGCUUCACAGCGAAGGUCGCAAGCUGGAUCAGAAGAGCAGUUCAGAAGACUCCGUUCUCGGUGUUGAUGCGGAAAGCAGUGAAGAUAAUGAUGAUGAUACACCAGACCUGGAUGAUUUUUCAGGAUUGUCAGCAUAUGAGAGGAAGAGAUUGAAGAACAUAUCAGAAAAUGCAAACUUUUUUGCUUCUCUUCAGUUGUCUGAGACAGCUGCAAGGCUUCGUAAAAUGAUUAAGAAAACAAGAUCUCCUAAAUGCAAGAGAAAAAAACCUAAGAAGAAAGAAGAUGAAAUUGGAUGUAGAAGGUCAAUGCGAUUGCUAAAAGUAGAACCUUCAGAAAUGUCAUUACCAGCACCUCCAGUACAGCCAAUGGUAGAAGAAGAAGAUGCUUUGUUACCUCCUGGACCUUUAGACAUGAUUCCUGAAAAUGAAGAUGACAAUCAACUAUUUAAAGGAUUCCUGCAGACCUGGGCAUCAAUGAGCAAGACAUGUAGUAAGAGCUAUCAGAAGGGCUUAUCUAGCAUUAAAAGCUACAAAGCCAAUUUAAAGGGCAUGGUCAUUAAAGAAGAUACAGUUUGUAAACUUGUUGAUGGGUUGAUAACAUCUGUGGCUGUGCACCCAUCAGAAACGAGAAUUUUGGUAGCGGCUGGGGCCAAAACUGGACAGAUUGGACUGUGGGAUUUGACCCAGCAAGGAGAAGAAGGGGGGAUGUUCCGUUUUUAUCCCCACAGUCGGCACGUUAGCUGCUUGUACUUCUCACCCGCCAACCCAGCGCACAUCCUGUCUCUGAGCUACGACGGCACCUUGCGGUGUGGGGAUUUUUCCAGUGCUGUUUUCGAAGAGGUGUAUAGAAAUGAAAGAAGUGGCCUUUCCUCCUUUGACUUCCUGACGGAUGAUGCUUCUACUUUGUUAGUAGGACACUGGAAUGGACACAUAUCACUAGUAGAUAGACGGACACCGGCAAUGCCUGACAAGAAACUUAAUUCUUCCAUGGAACAAAUAAGAACUAUUCAUGUCCACCCAGUGCACCGAAAGUAUUUCAUUACUGCGGGAUUGAGGGACAUUCACAUUUAUGAUGCCAGGUGCCUGAAUUCCAGGAGAAGCCAGGCUUUGCUUUCUUUGACUGGACACACCAAGAGCAUCACUUCUGCCUAUUUCUCACCUGUUACCGGUAACAGAGUGGUAACCACAGGUCUCGACUGUAAGCUGAGAGUGUUUGACAGCAGCUGCGUCUCCUCCCAGAGUCCUCUCCUCACCACCAUCAGCCACAACACUAUCUCUGGACGAUGGCUGGCAAGGCUCCAAGCCAGGUGGGACCCUAAACAAGAAGACUGCUUCGUGAUUGGCAGCAUGGCCCACCCUCGGCAGGUCAACGUCUUCCAUGAGACGGGAAAGAUGGUGCAUUCCUUCCUUGGAGAAAGCCUGGCCUCUGUGUGCUCCAUCAAUGCCACGCACCCGACUCGGUACAUUCUGGCUGGAGGGAACUCCAGUGGGAAGAUACAUGUGUUUAUGGAUUAGGAAAGCUGUUCCUGGGAGUAGAUACACCUAUUUGCCCAAUUUGGUCUCUGUCUAGGAAGAAUGUAGUGAUUCCUGUGGCAGUGUGUUUACUUUGUAUGAUGUUAUACUUAGCAAACAGAAAAUUGCUUUAUUAAGGGCUAAGAGCAGAGUAUACUGUAGUUAUCGAGAC